AAGUGCCACGACAAAAAGGUUUUACUGAGAUUUUGUUUUCGUCUUUAUUUAAAAUCAUGUGAUUAUAAUGUGACAUGAAACUGAAACCGGAAUAAGUAUGUAUUCAUAUAUUAUAUAUACCCACACCCCAAGGCGGAAGAAACAGUUUGCAAAAGCACUGGUGCAGAACAACAACUGUGAAUCAUACUCUAGCAAAAUGGUACUAGCUUUCUUAACUGCAGUUCUCUUCCUCGCAUGCUCAACUACCUAUGCUUGCGACCCAAAGCCGAUGAUUAUUGCCAACGAAGGGCAAAAACCCUGCAUGUACCUCGAUAUAAAAGGUAUUAAAACAAUCGGAGUCGGCUAUAACAUGGAAAGGAGCUCAGCUAGAGCCGACUUUAAAAGCAUCGGGGCAGAUUUCGAUAAAUUCUACAAUGGGCCUUUGACCAAGUCUACAAAAGAGUGUAACUGCACAGCGGUGCCAUGCCUGAAGGAAGCUCAGGUCUACAAGCUCCUCGACAUCAGUCUCGUCACCGCCGUUAAAGAUGCCCAGAGCGUGAUUUCCACUUUCGAAAGUCUUUGCUGUAGCGUGCAGAAUACAAUGGUCGAUAUGUCAUUUACCCUCGGAGGCUCUAGCUUCAGACAGUUUACAACCUUUGCGAAGUUUAUCGAGCGGCAGCGGUGGAAAAUGGCGGGGGAUGACCUGACGGUGUCGAAGUGGUGCAACGCUAAAGGACAGGACGUAAAUCGUUGCCAUAGAGACGCAGCCAUUGUCGCCAAGGGAUGCGGCUGUACAGGGCAGUAUUCGCAGACGUGCACGCAAGGGCCAGGGGCCUGUUGCGCCACAGCUGAAAGCUGUUGCAAAGCCUCGUUUACCUACAAGGGUUUCAUAACAAAAACCUUUGACGAAACUGGCUGCUGCCCGUUUACAAAAGCUACAUGCUGCACCCACAACAAAUGCUGCAAAGAAGGUACCUUCUGUUGUCCUUCCGAGCCUGCGGUACCGACCUACUGCUGUCCAGUGGAUUACCCCAACUGUUUGCCCAAUCAGCGAUGCGGGCGUGGGGAUGACGUCAUCGAGGGGUUUACCAUUCACCACCAUGGCUAAGUUAGUACCAGUUUCCCAGUUUAAACACGUCUACAGGAUGUGGCAAUUGACUGACUUAGUCUACUGUAUCUAACCUAAACCCUCAUAUUCUUUUAACACAGAAUUUAAAUAAAAAGACAAGUCGUGAAUUCCCCGUUCGAAAGAGUUGGAGGAUCUAUUUCGCAACUUAUCUAGUAUCCGUUUGUUAAUUGUAACAGUUAAAAUAAAAAUACUUUGCAAUGAAAUAAAGAUCGAUCAAACAA